UUUUCAUUCUAAUAAUAGACACGGGUAACGACACGUCGACUGUCAUAAUUAGACAUUCAUCAGUCGGACGGAAAGCGUCAUCGAAGCCUCAUGAUGGCUAUUUGACCGAUUUGAAAAAGACGUCAUCUACAAUUUAUCAGCAUAGAAGGAAGGUGAUUAAAGUUGGGUAGACCACAAACAAACCUACACAUCUGAAAAACAAAUGCAAUAGACAAAAACACUUAUUUUUGCCUUCAUUACGCAGGACAAAACAGGAAAAUUAAACAGUGGUUUACGAGAAGAAUACCCGAUUUCACAAUAAGACCUUUUUAACCAAAUAAUACAUCGGGAAUGAAUCACCAGUCUGAUUUCGUGGGCAGUGUACAGAACAACUCAUCUGCUACACAAGACGAGAAUGUUCAAGCCAAUGCCAUGGACAUGACACAAUCUUACACAAAUGGUUUGCAAAGAGAAAACAGUCAGUAUGAUAUCAUGAACAGUAUACAUCCUAACACUGUGGGCUCACAGGAGGAAAAUGUUCAAUACGACCCCAUUAACCAAACGUGUUCCGAAUCAGCUGAUACAAACGAAAAGGGCGAUCAAUGCGGUACGGUUGACAGUAAGCCGUCUCACUCAGCUUGUUCGCACGAGAAUGGCAACACCAAUCCAACCGACAAUAAGUUGUUCUCCACAGUUGGUCCACAGCAAAUGAAUAGUCAAUCGGAUGUUUUUUACAAUACUAAUUCAGGCAGAAUCGAUAAAGGACAAGGACAACGCAGUCCCUUCGGCUCAGCUGAUGCACAAGGAGAGGGUGACGAUUCUGAUAUCACCAACAGCAAGCAGCAUGAUUUAGCUAGCUCACAGGACGAAAAUGGCCAAACCGAUCUAUUGGAUUACAAGCAAUCCCGCAAACCUAACAUGCAAGAGCAGAAUGGCGAAUCUGAUAUCUCGAAUAGAAAGCAGGCGAACACAGAUAAUUCACAGGACCAGAACAGCUAUUCUGAUAUCAUGAACAAUAAAACGUCCAACGCAGUCGGUUCACAAGUAAAUAACAAACUGGAUAUUUUAGACAACAAGCAUUCGAAGCCAUCCGAUGCUCAAGAAGUCAGCCGAAGAUUGUCUAUGGGUAGUGAUCUGUCAGACGAGAAUGGUGAAGCCAAUGCCGUGGACAUGACACAAUCUUACACAAAUGGUUUGCGAAGAGAAAACAGUCAGUAUGAUAUCAUGAACAGUAGACAUCCUAACACUGUGGGCUCACAGGAGGGAAAUGUUCAAUACGACCCCAUUAACCAAACGUGUUCCGAAUCAGCUGAUACAAACGAAAAGGGCGAUCAAUGCGGUACGAUUGACAGUAAGCCGUCUCACUCAGCUUGUUCGCACGAGAAUGGCAACACCAAUCCAACCGACAAUAAGUUGUUCUCCACAGUUGGUCAACAGCGAAUGAAUAGUCAAUCGGAUGUUUUUGACAAUACUAAUUCAGGCAGAACCGAUAAAGGACGAGGACAACGCAGUCCCUUCGGCUCAACUGAUGCACAAGGAGAGGGUGACGAUUCUGAUAUCACCAACAGCAAGCAGCAUGAUUUAGCUAGCUCACAUGACGAAAAAGAGCAGAAUGGCCAAUCUGAUAUCACAGAUAGAAAGCAGGCGAACACAGAUAAUUUACAGGACCAAAACAGCUAUGCUGAAUGCACGAACAACAAAACGUCCAACGCAGUCGGUUCACAAGUAAAUAACAAACUGGAAAUUUUAGACAACAAGCAUUCGAAGCCAUCCGAUGCUCAAGAAGUCAGCCGAAGAUUUUCUAUGGGCAGUGAUCUGUCAGACGCAGCUGAUAAACAAGAGAGAAAAUACAGUCCCAGUGUCGCUAACCAGUGCGACUCGGCUCAUACAGCAGUAAGCACACAAAAAGAGAAUGACCAAUCCGAUCUUUUGGAUAACAACCAAUCCUGUACAGCUAACUCACUAGAGGAAAAUGACGAAAGUAACAUAACUAACAGUACGCUGCUUUAUGUAGCUGGCUCACAAGACGAGAACGACCAAUCAGAUGUUUUUGAUAAUAACCAAUCCUGUGCAACUAACAACGGCCAGGAGGAGAAUGACAGAAGUAGCAUAACUAACAGUAAGCUGCUCAAUGGUGCUGGCUCGGAGGAAGAGAAUGACAAAUCUGAUCUUUUAGCCAACAAGCAACUGUGCACUGCUUACGCCCAGGACCCCCAUAUUGUUAAUCAAGAGACUGCAAUACAUCAACCAGGAGAAAGUGAAAGACCAUUAAACAUGGCAGUUGCGAUGAACAUGCUGCAUUUUAUGCUGCAAAAGCGACCUGGGGAAGUGGAUGUCACUUUUAAUGAGACCACAGUGAUCGGAAACAAAAACAAGAUCGUCCACGGAAACCCUGAAGAACAUUCUGAGACAUUGCAUGCUAUCUCAGCAUCAGCUAGUCAGAUGACUGAUGAACGAGAAGAGCAGACAACUAGCUUAAAACAGGAGAUACAUGGAUCAGAGAGGAGACUGACCAGGGUUAUCGCAGAUGAAGGAUCGCACAUAGCAGCCACUGUAACCAAUACAGGGCAUGAUGUCUCUGGCAGAAUCGAUGAAACAAAGGAACGAGUACACAAUAUGCAGGAGUCCAUGGAACGUAAGCAGGACGAUCUGGAAUUUAAUAUUGCGAAAAUGAAGCAGCAAACUGCAGACUUGCACCGGGACACAGAAGAAAGUGCGUCAUAUAAUGCAAACAAAUCCACCGAAGCACAGAAGGAAGCUAUAGAACAAUCUGUCAAUAAGACCACUGUCAAUAUUUCUAAAGAAAUCGCCAAAGUACAAGCCGAUUUUAGCGACACAGAGCAAACAAUGCGUCGAGUUGUGAAACAGCAGUCAACUUUUCUGCAAAACAAAAUUGUAACUAUGACGCAAAAGUUGACAACUGAUAUGAAGCAAAACGGAGAUGACUUUCGCCUCCUUACAGAACGCAUACACACUGCAGAAGAGGACACCACUGAGGCUAUUGGUUGUUUAAAAGGAUCUGUGGAUUCUCUUAGAGAGAACCAGGCUCUUAUUUUAGGAGAAAUACAAAAACUUACAAACCAGAUGACAGAGUUGCAGACAAGCAUUCAAAACUCAAACAAAAAUCACGAAAAAGCGACUAAUGAAAUAAAUUGGCACCUCCGUGAGCUAGAGCAGAAAAUUGGUCACAUGGAUGAAAAUAUGGAAGAACUAGCAUCAGAAACCUCUGUCAUUAAAGGGAAGAAUGUAGUUAUCGACACGGUUUGCAAGUCUGUGAAGCGCUCUGAAAGACGCAUUUUGAAUGCUCGCACAAACCAGCGUAAAUGAAACUAUUGACAGAAAUACAUGCAAUCAACUUUGUCUAUAGCUCAUUAAAAAUAGAUUUUCUAUUUAGGAAUGAUACAUACCACUGCAUCAUUCUACAAAGAAGAAAUCAAAAAUCGAUGUUCACUUGAAGUGAUAACAGCACACAAAGCCAAACAUCAGGACAGAUAACAAUACCCCUAUUGACAAGAACGUCUGGCGCAUAUCACAAGGUAUAUAUUACCAACGAUGUGCGUCUUAAUGAAUACCUUUUAUCAAGGUGGACUGAUACCAAAAGCAAAAUGAUCGAUUUAUAUAAAUAUUUUUUUAUCAAAUGCAUACACCUACGUGUAAAGUCACGAAGGUUGCCGAGUGUCUUUUAUCAUUUGUAUUUAUACCAAAAGCAAAAUGAAUGAUCGAUUUAUAUAAAUAUUUUUUUAUCAAAUGCAUACACCUACGUGUAAAGUCACGAAGGUUGCCGAGUGUCUUUUAUCAUUUGUAUUUACCAAAAGACAGCUAUAUAUAAAUGAUGUUUCCAGAAUUAUUUGGAAUCGCUGUUAAUGUCAGACAUUUUGCAGACGACUCCUUUAGUCGGAUCUUACUUCCAAGUCGGACAUGCACGAUCGAAAUGUUCUGCUACUGAUGUUUUUGAUUUUUUUUUAAUAUUGUAACCGAGUUGUAAAAUAUUUAGUUGACUAAAUUGAUUAUUUGCAUAUGUUGGAUUCAGACGAAAUAACAGCUAUCCCGUUCUUUCGAAACAUUUCUUUCACAAUAAAUGUUCCGAUUUAUAAUAAUUCCCUGAGUCUCAAUAAGGUAAUUCAUUACUAUAAAUAUUUUACUGGAGAAGUUGUAAAACGUCUUAUUUGAAACUUUGCAGAUUUUUUUUAUGAAUCAUAUUGUCUGUAAUUAAUACAUAUAAGUUGUUUCUUGUUUUUAU